AUGUCGAUCGUUGGGCAGGAACGCGUCCGUGGACAGUAUCGUAAUGAGUACAUCGCCGCAUUGGCUGCUACUUCAUCGCUGGUGGCCUCAGUCGCUUGUGCAGGAUGGUCCUCACCGGCGCUACCUGUCCUGCGAGGUUCAAACUCACCUAUUCCGGUCACACCGGACGAGGGUUCCUGGAUCGUGUCGUUACUCUCGAUCGGAUCCCUUUUUGGACCAAUAAUUUGCGGUUUGUUUGUCGAUCGGUAUGGCCGACGGCCGGUGCUGUUGUUCAGUGCGAUACCCUUGGUUGCCGGUUGGUUGUUUAUUGCGUUCGCAGAGUCCGUCGGCAUGCUGUACACCGCACGUUUGCUGCAUGGUAUCGGAUACGGAUUGGCGUACUCCGUCACACCUAUCUAUCUGGGUGAAAUAUCGUCCGACGCAAUACGAGGAUCUACCGGUGUGCUUGUGACAGUGAUGGCAAAGCUGGCGUUCCUGUUUGAAUAUUCCGUUGGUCCGUACGUUGGUUUCCGUGCCCUGGCCUGGAUAUCGAUGGCCCUCCCAGUUGGGUUCUGUGUGCUGUUUUUCUGGAUGCCCGAAACACCAUACUUUCUACUCGCACGUGGUAAUAAGCAAGCUGCCGCCGACAGUCUGCGAUGGUUGCGUCGGAGCACAUCGAUCGACGAGGAACUGAGACGCAUGGAGAAGCUUGUGCUCGAUAGCAAGCAGAAGAGUAAUCCUUUGAAGCAACUACUGCUGACAUCCACCAACCAGAGGAGUCUCGUCAUUAUCCUUCUACUUUCGCUCGGCAUGCAGUUAACCGGUAUCAACGCCAUCUUGGGCUAUUCUCAGACGAUUUUCUCCCGACUAGCUCUUCCACUGACCGCAGCCGAACUCUCGAUCGUACUCGCCCUGGUACAGUUGGGCUCCGUCAUGUUACCGACAUUUCUCGUCGAUCGAGCAGGACGUCGACCACUACUACUCGCGUCCACCGCCGGAUCCUUUCUCGGACUGGCCAUGUGUGCCGUGUACUUUACCCUGGAUGAAACCACUACCGACGUUCUCUCGUCCGAAUCGGGUGCAGCGCAUGGUUGGAUACCGUUCGGAGGAGUGCUUCUCUUCAUUAUUUCAUUUGCGAUCGGUUUGGCCACCGUACCGUUCGCCAUACUGGGUGAGGUGUUUCCGAAACACAUCAAAGCGGCAGCAAAUGCCGUAUUUGCGGUGAUUACGUCCGCCGUUGUAUUUUCCGUCGUGAAGCUCUUCCAGGUAAUUUCGGACGGGGCAGGAACGUACGUUUCGUUCUGGAUUUUUACCGGAUGUACUGCCGUGACGGGGAUUUUAAUUUUCUUGGUAAUCCCAGAAACGAAGGGCCAAUCGUUUGAGCGUAUUCAGGAGAUGAUGAUAAUGCGGCGUGCGCCCACGAUUGCGGUGCUACUGCUGUUGCUGUUGAUACCAACAUCGUCAGAGGUGGAAAUUGAUUGCAACACUUUGCGAAUGGGACAGUAUAUGUGUCCCGAUCCGACGAUUAGACAAAUCGAUCCCAAAACACAGCAACUGCGAGGAUGUACGCAGGAAAACAAGGCACGCGUUUGGUGUAUUGCUGUCGAUGGGAUUGUGUGCAGUGAGACGAAGAACACCAGCUUCACGCGCGAGAUGGAAUGCAAGUGGACCAAUGGAUACCACUUCGAUACAGCGCUAUUGCUUUCCGUGUUCCUUGGCAUGUUCGGUGCGGAUCGGUUCUACCUUGGCUAUCCGGCACUGGGACUGCUCAAGUUCUGCACCCUUGGCUUCAUGUUUCUGGGCCAGCUGGUGGACGUGAUACUGAUAGCGACGCAGGUUGUUGGACCGGCGGAUGGAUCGGCCUACAUUAUACCGUACUACGGGCCGGUCAUUACCGUGGUGCGAAGCGAUAACUGGACGUACCGACUGCCGCAGGAUAACUGGUGAUUGCUGGCCAACAUCUUCCGGCUCACACGAUGGUCACGAACGGAAAACUAAAGCUCCGAAUCGACGCUUGCCUUAUCGAA